AUGGGUUGGUUCUGGGCUGAUGGCCCUGCGACGUCCAUCCACGCGAGCUCCGUUUCCGUGUCGCAUCCCCAUGGCGCUGCCGUCCCGGCCGGCCCUCCUCCUCCCGGCUGUCCGAUGCACAACAAGACCCUCGACGCCCUGAACCCGAACGCAAAGCCCGCCGCCGCCGCCGCACCCGCUGCUCCUUCCGCAUGCCCGUCCGCGGCGCCGCCGUCGUCAUGUCCCGUGCCGCACGACAAGCCCAAGCCCGAGCCCAAGGGCUUCCUCCAGCAGAUCAACCCCCUCAACUACAUGUUCAAGGAAAUCUCGCAGGCCCCCGCCGAGAACCAGGUCAUCGCCCUCCCCACCGAGCGCGAGCCCUCGACGAUACCCAAGGGCUCCGGCGAUGGCAACUGGGAGUACCCCUCACCCCAGCAGAUGUACAACGCCCUCCUGCGCAAGGGCUACACCGACACCGACAUCACCGCCGUCGAGUCCAUGGUUUCGGUCCACAACUUCCUCAACGAGGGCGCCUGGGCCGAGAUCGUCAGCUGGGAAGAGCGCUUCGGCAAGGGCCUGUACAAGGGCUGGCAGGCCUGCAAGCGCGGCGAGGAGAACUCGGACGACAUGGUCGAGAAGCUCAAGGACGGCACCGAGUCGCCGCCCACCCUCAUUCGCUUCCAGGGCCGCCCCAAGGACAUGACGCCCAAGGCCGUCAUGUGGCAGGUGGCGGGCUGGCUUUACCCGUCCAAGUUUGAGUACGUUCCCACGAAAGCCCUUUCGCUCUUGAACACGCCCACUAACCCGCGCAGGACCGAGCCCCCCUUUGACCGACACGACUGGUACGUCUCCCGCAAGAUGGGCGACGUCGAGAAGGAGAUCCGAUACGUCAUCGACUACUAUUCGGGCGAGCCCGAGCCCACCGGCGAACCCGUCUUCUACCUCGACGUCCGGCCCGCCAUGACACCUCUCGGCGCGGCAGAGCGUCUCAUCCGAUGGGGUGGUGAUGUGUGGUGGAAGGCCUCCGGCGCCGAGGUGCGCGAGAGGGAGCAGCUCGAGAAGCAGUGGAAGCAAAAUUAG